AUGGGUAGUGACCAAAAUCCCGGAGACUCUAAAAUUUAUCCUUUCGAAUCUCUUGAAAAAGCGAUGUCAUCAAUGACAUCAAGUGAAAUUAUUGAGCCAGUGACUGUUUAUAUAAAAUCGGGGUAUUAUCCACUUAUUAACAAUUCACUUAAAUUCACAAAAUGGUCAUUUAAAAACAGUACAAUACCCCGCCCAAUCACCUUGACCAAAUACCCCAAUGAAGACCCACCUAUUAUUACAGGUGGAGUCAAAAUUCCGAUAUCUUCAUUUCGUUCACUGAACUCGGAAACCGAUAAAGCACAAUACGAAAAAAUUCAGACUUCAAAAAGGAAGUACAUUAAAGUGUGUGAUUUGGAUAAGUUGUAUAACCGAAUCGACUUAGGAAUUUUUGAAGCAAAUUCGAAUGCCGAAAUUUAUGUCGACGACAAGCGGUUCCGUGUGGCUCGGUACCCAAAUUAUGAGUACACAGACACAUCACAUCAAACUGAGAGAAUAUUCAUAUUACCACCAACAGACACUUCAGUUCAACUCACACCAAAUGUGACUGGAUAUUACAUUCCAAGAAAAGAAGUUCUUUGUGGCAAUGAAACGACUUUUAAGAGUGAACAGAGUGUGAAUGGAAAGUACUAUUAUCUCUAUAAAAACGAUUCCAAUUACUGGACACUAUCAACACGAUUUGAUUGUGGUGUCCCGACACAAAGUGACGGGGCUUAUUUCACAGUCAAGCGAACUGUGAUGGCUGGAGAAGUCAAAGCUGUUGAAGAGUCUGGCGCAAAGGGGAGUCCUGUGCUUCAACAGCCAAAUUACAUUUACAGAGGAAAUAUGUGGACUGCGUAUGCACCAGAAAAGAUGGGGAAAACAUUUUAUUAUGCGAACGAUAAAUUGGAUGAAUAUGCAAAAUAUGACUCUGUGUGGAUGAGAGGGUAUUGGCUCAUCUUUUCACAGGACCAAGCAGUCAAAGGUAAAAUUGAUAAGAACAAAAGAACAGUAACUAUUGAUAGAGCUUUGGGUGGUGGAGAUUAUGAAGGGAUGACUAGUGGAAUGCCAUUCUAUAUAUAUAACUUGGUAGAAGAAUUGGAUGAAGAGGGUGAGUACUAUAUUGAUUAUAAAGAAAAGAAAUUGUAUAUCUACUUGCCGACUACUGUCAGUAAAGUGUGGAUCUCACAAAGCACGUCUUUGUUAAUAAAUGUGGACACUUUUAAUAAUUUGACAAUCCAAAAUAUCAUAUUUGAAUAUACACGAAAAGACAUGAUAAACGCAUUUACAGCAACAAAUAUACUCAUCAAAAAUUGCACUUUUAGACACUCGGGGUUGAAAGCUAUUUAUUUCUCGGGAAAUUAUUCAACUAUAACAAAUAACAUGUUUUAUGAUAUCGGAGCUGAGGCUGUUGCUAUGAGAUGCGGAAACUUCACUACAUUAUAUCGAGGAGAGUGCUAUCUAACUCAUAACUAUGCCAACACGACGUCACAAGUAUCAUUUACUUUUGUCCCAGCGUUUUCUAUUGGCAUUGUUGGUAAUUACAUGAAGCAUAAUUACGUGGAAAACAAUCCCCAUUUGGGAUAUGGACAUAAUGGCGCGUAUUUAGAGAUCUCAUACAAUGAAGCUAAAAACAUAUGUACCCGAGCUUCUGAUUGUGGUGCAUUGUAUUCUGGUACUCAUUGGGAAUAUUCUGGUAAUGUCAUCAAGCGCAACUAUUUCCACGACUCAACGGGAUUUGGGCAACCGGGCGGAUGGUCUUAUGUCAUUGGAAUUUACUUAGACGACAACCUUUCGAAGCAAAGAGUCUACCAAAACGUCGUUUCUAAUUUUGUUGGUUAUGGUCUUGUGCAGGGCUCUGGGAGGUCCAACAUUAUUUAUAAUAACAUAUUCUAUAAUUGUAAGACAGGGUAUUCGGGAGAUUCUAGAGGACCAAGAAGGUAUCACACGACUCCAAAUGUGUUUUAUAAUUUACUGGAUACGAUGGUGAACAAUGGAGUCGAUAGAUAUACUUCUCCGUGGAAAGACCAAUUUCCCGAAUGGGCGCUGUUACCAAAAACGUCAGAAGAGUUGAUGAAAGAAGAAAAUUUACAUUGGCUGUAUAUGGAGAACACUGAGAUAUACUGUAAUGUAUUAUAUAAUAACACAUGGGAUCAUGCAUUUACCGAACAAUGUAAUAAGUAUAUGAAAAGAUGGGAGAUGAACACUAACUCGAGUCAAGAUCCAAUGUUUUAUGAUGUUGAUAACAACGAUUUUAGAAUGAGAAAAGAGGGGGAAAUUUACAAAUAUAAUUGUUGGGAGGAAAUACCUUAUGAAACUAUCGGAAUUAAUAAACAAGACAGUUCGUAUAGUGUCUUGGCUGAGUUCUUAACUGUUAUAUGUCUUGUUGUCAGCUCAUUUUAA